AUGUCCCGGAACAGACAUACUGCCCCCAGCCUCGGUGUGUCCGGGGUGGGGGCUUAUCUGCUUAAGUUCAAAACCCAAAUGACGCCUGACUGCGAAGCUGAGGCGGACAUGGUGCCCCCAGCCCUGGUGUGUCCAGGGUGGGGGCUUAUCUGCUUAAGUCUAAACCGUAAUAUCGCUCGAAUUAUGGCCCGAAACAGCAUAUUGCCCCCAGCCUCGGUGUGUCCGGGGUGGGGGCUUAUCUGCUUAGGUAUAUCUGGAAGGGCUGGCGAAGCGGCGCGGCAGACCCGUGAAGUCGAGUGA